GAGUCGGCGCUAAUCCGACGGCCGGGCCGGGGCAUGGAGGGGGAGCGGGAGGACGGCCCCGCCGCCCCGGCGGAGAGCGGCACGUCGGAGGUGUUCGGCCAGCUGUGGGCGGACGUGAUGGGCAUCCUGGAUGGAUCACUGGGAAAUAUUGAUGAUCUGGCACAGCAGUAUGCAGACUACUAUAACACCUGCUUCACAGAUGUAUGUGAGAGGAUGGAAGAGCUGCGCAAGCGGAGGGUCUCCCAAGACCUUGAUUUGGAGAAACCUGAUGUGAGUCCUACAUCUCUACAGCUGCGAUCCCAGAUUGAGGAGUCACUUGGUCUCAGCAGCACUGCAUCAACACCCGACACUGAAAGAAAACUCUCCAUUCAUAAAUCAAGCUCGGAAGAAGGCUCUGUAGGGAAAGCAGACUGGAAAAAGAAAAAUAAGUUUUUUUGGCAGAAUUUCCGAAAGAACCAGAAAGGACUAAUGAGGCAGACUUCAAAAGGAGAGGAUGUAGGGUAUGUGGCCAGUGAGAUCACAAUGAGUGAUGAGGAACGGAUCCAACUGAUGAUGAUGGUCAAAGAGAAGAUGAUCACCAUCGAGGAAGCACUUGCUAGGCUGAAGGAGUAUGAAGCCCAGCACAGGCAAUCAAGUAAUGUAGAUCCUACAGAAUGGCCUGAUGGUUCUUACUCAACAUUUGAUGGCUCUUCCAAUUGUAAUUCAAGAGAACAAUCCGAUGAUGAAACAGAGGAAUCGGUGAAGUUUAAGAGGUUGCACAAGCUGGUGAAUUCUACUCGCAGAGUCAGGAAGAAACUCAUAAGAGUUGAAGAAAUGAAAAAACCCAGCACAGAAGGUGUGGAAGAGCACUCACUUGACAACUCUCCUAUACUGGAUGACAGAUCAGCACUUUACUCUGGAGUUCACAAGAAGCAAUUCUACUUUGACGGCUCCUGUGAAAAGCAGCCAGAGGACGACUCUGACUCACUUACUACUUCUCCCUCAUCCAGCAGUCUUGAUAUGUGGGGAGCUAACCGGAAGCUGGUGAAGACCUUCAGCAAAACUGAUAGCCGUGGCCUUAUCAAGCCUCCCAAGAAACUUGGGACAUUUUUCUCUUACCCAGAAGAGGAGAAGUCCCAGAAAGUUUGCCGCUCCUUGACAGAUGGAGAAAUGAAGAAGAGCCUUGGCUCGCUGAGCCAUGGGAGAACCUGUAGCUUUGGAGGAUUUGACUUGACAAAUCGUUCCCUUCAUAUUGGAAACAGUUCUGACCAAAUGGGCAAAGAAGGAGACUUUGUUUAUAAAGAAGUGAUCAAAUCACCCUCUGCUUCCGGUCUCUGUCUGGGCAGGUAUGUGGAGUCUGUAGUAGAAUCCAUUUAGUAAUGGAUGUGUGAUAAUCAUAGCUCAUCAGCAGAAGAGUCCAGCCCUGGGGUCAUGCCAGGUUCUCCGCAGUCGCCACCGCCAGACAGUGACUCCCUGGACAAACCCAAGCUGAAAGCCGGUGGCUCAGUAGAAAGCCUGAGGAGUUCCUUAAGUGGUCAGAGCUCAAUGAGCGGUCAGACAGUGAGCACAACAGAUUCCUCAACCAGCAACAGGGAGAGUGUGAAAUCAGAAGAUGGUGAUGAUGAAGAGCCUCCUUACAGAGGUCCUUUUUGUGGAAGAGCCAGGGUUCACACUGAUUUUACUCCAAGUCCUUAUGAUACAGAUUCUCUGAAGCUCAAGAAGGGUGACAUCAUUGAUAUAAUCAGCAAACCCCCCAUGGGCACUUGGAUGGGCCUGUUGAACAACAAAGUUGGCACUUUCAAAUUUAUCUAUGUGGAUGUGUUAAAUGAAGAGGAAGAGAAGCCAAAGCGACCCACCAGGAGACGUCGAAAAAGCAGACCACCCCAGCCCAAGUCAGUUGAGGAUCUCUUGGAUCGCAUCAACUUAAAGGAGCACAUGCCCACUUUUCUAUUCAAUGGUUAUGAAGAUCUGGAUACCUUUAAGCUUUUAGAAGAAGAAGAUUUGGAUGAACUGAACAUCCGAGAUCCUGAGCACAGAGCUGUUCUUCUCACAGCAGUGGAACUUCUACAGGAAUACGAUAGUAACAGCGACCAGUCAGGAUCUCAGGAGAAACUUCUCAUUGAAGGCCAAGGCCUAACCGGAUGCUCUCCUCGGGAUUCUGGCUGCUACGAAAGCAGUGAAAACCUGGAGAAUGGUAAAACUCGAAGAACCUGUCUUCUGCCCUCAAAAUCAGCAAGUGACCGUAGCUUUAAGGAUUUCAGCAGAAACCAGCUAUCAAAUUAUCCCACGCUUCCAUUGACCAAGUCAAUAGAAACUCUACAGCAUGGGGAAAAAGGGUUGGGUUGUGCACAUCAUGCUCUGAAGAGCUCUGUCCAACCUCCAGCCAUCACAGGUCUGAAGAAGAACCGCAGAAGUUUACCGGUUGCCGUCUGUCGGAGUUAUGAAACUCUGGAUGGACCUCAGGAUGUAGAUACAUGGCCAAGAUCUCACUCGCUGGAUGAUCUCCAGGGAGAAUCCAGUGCUAACCUACAGGACACUAGCAAGCAAGUAGGUUCUUUUCCUCAGGAUUCACUGGAUGUAGCAAAAAAGGCAACUGGCUCUGCCCUGCCGCCUCACACUCAUGGAGGCAGCUGUAUGGUAGAUGACUUCAUGGCUAAGCAGAGUAAGGGAGCUGCUAGUUCUCAGAAGGGAAGAGCUAAGGAAUUGAACUGCUCUGUAAUGGAAACUGCAGGUGAAAAGCCUGCUCCGUUCCCCCUGAAAAACUAUGAAGCUCAGCCUGCCUUAGUGAUGCAUCAUGCCUCUGAAAAUACAAGGAUGCCUCUGGAAAUACAAAGUAAAGGCUUUCAUGACCUUGCGCGGGCUGAUUAUGCUCCAGUCCUCAAGGGAGGUCUAGAAGCUGAGCAAAAAGGCACAAAUGAGGCAAGAAUGCAACCAAAAAAUCCUUCUCAACCGCCACCUGUCCCUGCCAAAAAAUGCCGAGAACGCCUUUCUAAUGGAGUAUACCAUCCUCCCAUGACCACAAGUGGGAACCACUCAAGUCUAGAAGCACCAUGUUUGCCAGUAAAAAAGACCAGCUCAUCCGGUCCCAUUGAUUGUCAUGGAGUACCUGUCCAUAGGACGUCCUCUGAACAUGAGCCCAAUACCCCUCCUAGCCCACUCCCACCCUGGCUGUCAGAGCUCCCAGAGACUGCUAGUGUUCAGCAGCACGUGGUAAAGCUAGGUCCUGCUUCAGCAAGGAAAGUGUCUUGUAGCAGGGGAAUGGAUCUGGAAAUGGUGAUAGAAAACAAGUUGCAGUCUGAAGACAUUGAUCUUACUGAAGAACCGUACUCAGACAAGCACGGUCGCUGUGGCAUUCCCGAGGCUUUGGUACAGAGGUACUCUGAAGACUUAGAGCAGCCUGAAAAGGAUGUUGCCACAAACCUGGACCAAAUCCGGGUAAAGCAGCUGAGGAAACAGCAUCGCAUGGCAAUUCCAAGUGGAGGACUCACUGAAAUUUGCCGUAAACCUGUAUCUCCAGGACUCAUCACCUCUGUAUCUGACUGGCUGAUUUCCAUUGGUCUGCCUAUGUAUUCCAGCCUGCUUACAGAAGCAGGGUUCAACACACUGAGCAAAGUGCCUUCUCUGUCACAAACUUGCCUUCAAAAAGCUGGCAUCACAGAGGAAAGGCACAUAAGCAAGCUCCUGGCAGCGGCAAGACUCUUCAAACCUCUUGAUCCAGAAGCAAUUUAACAUGCUCUGUAGUGUGACAUUGCCUGGUUGAGAAUUCACUGCUUCUUCUUGCACCAGUAUUGCUCUAAUUACUUCACAUAGCUAAAGGGAUCAAGGAAGUGGCUCCCAAGGACAGGCAGAUAUCUUCUUCAGAGGAUAUGAAAGUCUUUGGCAACUGAAGGAGAAGAGAAGCAACCACCAGGUAACAUAGAUGUGGUACUUUGCUCCCCCCUCACUCCCAUCUAAAGUAUUCUUAUUUCAUAAAAUGUACAGGGUUGGCCUGAGAACCAGACAGCUUCGCAGAAUUAAGGGACCCUUGCACAUUUUCCUCACGUUUGUGAUAGUGAUACUAGUAAGAGGUCUUCUGUACCUCUAGGUUCCAGGUACCUGAAAUCAGUCCUAAAGACCAGGUACAAGCCAAGGCACAAAUUCCGUUAGAGGCUGUUUGACAAAUGCCUUCUGUUUAUUUUAGUCUAGAACUAAACACAAAGCCCUCCCCGGUCAUCCUUUCUGUUGCUUGGUAGAGGUCCCAAUACACCACACAGCCUUUAGCUAGGCCAAAGUUAAUGGACUGGAAUUAGUUUUCAGUGCAGUCCAUCUCUGUCACCCCAGUGCAACUAACCCAUGGAGAGUCAGAAAGCUUCUUUUUAUUUGUACAGAGCUGAGGUCAUUUUUAAAACUGCUUUCUAGCAAUCUGCUUUUUAUUUGCCUUAAAAUAAGCUUUUAAGCAGUUACCUAGUGUUCACUUACCCAUAUUCACAUUUCCCAAGCCUUGUUUCAACCCGUCACCCUUAAGUUGCUCUUAGGGUGAUUUCCAGCUGAAGUAGCUUCUAUAAAAUGCCUCAUCAUAACACUUUCUGUGUUGUAGAGAUGCUUUUACAAAUGCAGGGUUAUGCUAGGUUUUGAUUGUCAGGUUAACUUCUUGUUCACUACCGUCUGCAUUUACUGUUGUUACUAAACUGUUCCAAGAUAUACUGCCUUGUAUAUAUGUAACUGCUUUUCAUUUUAAUCAUAUUCUGUGUACUGUGUUUUAUUGUCAAUCAUUAUGCUGCAGCUUUGACUUGGUAUCCUGACCAUAUUGAUUCCAAACAGUGGGUUUCUGCAAAUGAAAAAUCAGUUUCAUCGAAAAAGCAAAUUAUAUCCCACAGAAAUCAUCAAAUUCAGUAAUGCCAUUGCAUGGACAAAAAAAAUUCUACUAUAGUCUCAUGAAUAACACUGUGAUUUUUAGAACAGUUGAAAUCCAUCCUGACUGCAUUAAUGUUACUUCUCACUAAAAGAGAGCGUUGUUCUGGGAAAUGUGGUGCACCAUUUUUCCAUGAUGUAAUGAUAUUUUUCUGCCUAAAUCUAUGUGAAACUUUCCAGUUGCCUAUGUGGCUAAUGACAAAUUUUAUUUUUCUAUAUUGGGUAUACAUUUUAUAUACCAAAUACAGAUUAUCAUGAAUAGCACAUAGCCAGCUUAUUCUUUGGGGUCUAUAUUUAGGGUAUCCUUCAGCUUCUUGUAGUACAAAUACUCCAUGGAAGGCAGAGCAAGCUUACUCUGGCAGGUAAAGGGAGAUAGUGUAGAAACCUGGGCACAGGACAGCAUGUGUGACUAUUUCCAAUAUCGGUUCUGAUGUCAAUUUACUGUAUAAAAUCAGACAAGGCACUUUGCUAUUUGGUGCCUCAGUUAUCCCAGCUUCAUAUUGAGCUAAUGAGUCCUCCUCAUAAAAUGCUCCCAGAUUGAUGCACGAAAAAUUAUGUUUAUUCCAGGAUUCUUUACUAUAUCUGAUCCUUUCAUGGUCAUGUUUUAAGUCACAUGAAUAUGCAUUUGACUACAGAUGAUAACUGAUUUGGCUCCUGGUAGAAUUGAUAGGUGUUAGGUUUACUUUCCUCAUUUUGAAUUUCACCCCUGUCUACUGCACACCAUCAUAUGAAGGCAACUAAUUCACUGUUGUAACUUGAAAUUACUCUCAAGUUAAUCUCUGUAAUGAUCUCCUUGUUGUGUGGAUAAUCAGCAUGUUCUAAUAUAACAGCAUCAGGGAACAUACAGCAGAGGUGUUUUGUACAGCUGAUGAAAAUGUGGUGUGGCCUCACCUUGAGUACUGUGUGAAAUUAUGGGCGCCACAGUACAAAAAAGACAUUAAGCUAUUAGAGAGCAUCCAAAGGAGGGCCACGAGGAUGGUGAAGGGUCUGGUGGGGAAGCCUUAUGAGGAGCAACUGAGUUCACUUGGUCUGUUCAGCCUGGAGGAGACUGAGGGGAGACCUCAUUGGUGGUCUUCAGUAUCCUCACAAGAGGAAGUGAAGGGACAGCUACCAAUCUCUUCACUCUCAUGACCAGUGACAGGACUCGAGAAAACAACGUAAAGCUCAGUCAGGGGAAGUUUAUACUGGAUAUCAGGAAAAGAUUUUUCACCCAGAGGGUGAUUGAGCACUGAACAGGCUCCCCAGGAAGUGGUCACAGCACCGAGCCUGACAGAGUUCAAGUGUUUGGACAACGAUCACAGGAACAUGGUGUGAUUCUUGUGGUGUCCAGCACAGGGCCAGGAGUUGGAGUCCUGAUGGGUCCCUUCCAACUCACAAUAUUCUAUGAUUCUAAAGAAAAAAAAAAAAGAAAUUGUUUUUUAAAUAAUGAUGAUUUUUCUGUUGUUGGUCUCUGAGGCUUACAUGGCAACUAUCAGCAAGAGGAGAUGGAAAGAGUAUUGAGACUUCCUGGGAUUGUUGGCAGGGACGAGAACAGAGUAGAAUUAAGUAGACAGCAGCUAUAUUGGAGCAAGGGAAAAGUCCAAGCUGGCUAUAGGCAACAAAAAAAAAAGGAAAUAAAAUAAAUUUCCUCGUGUUGCAGGGAAGGCAAGUCAUACAGUAAAGCUCUCCCGUAUUAAUUACUUUCCCCACUCUUAUUAACAGAAGGAGAAUUAUGGGAAUAACCUGACGCUGUGUGCCAAACACUCUUGGUAAAUCCAUACUUUUUAAAUGAUUAUGUGACCCAGGGAAACCAAAUCACACCCAUCAGGACUAGAGUGAGCAGUUUGAGAUUUUUGAGUUCUAGUUAUUAUUUUGUUUUCUUUUAAAGGCUGUGCUUUGUAGUCUAAUUUGAAUUAAAAUUUUAGUUUAUGUUUUAAUCUAAAAAAAACCUUAAGCUUCUCAGUGUUUGAGCUUCCCUGCUGUGGUUUCACUCACCUGUGGCAUUCCCCAAGCAGAUGAGGUGGUGUGGUAUGAGAGCCAUAACCACUUGCAUCUUCUUGCAGCCAUUCAGUGCUCUAAGCAAAAGUUCACUCAUGAACUGUUGGGAAGCACAGAAGAAACCUGCUGCUGGAAUCUUCUCUGCUCUGCUCAGGCUAAUGAUGUUUAAUAUCUAUCCAUUGUAUCUUAGUAACUCAAACAGCUAUUUAAGAAUAGAAGCAGCAAACCCAAAAUAUUACUAAAUGUCACCAUAACCAUAAGCUUUGAUCAAUAACCCACUGUUGCUACCCAGGUGGCAAUGCUCCCAUAUGAGCCUGGCUUUGGAUGCCAACUGGGAGCAUGAUUAGAAGCCUUAAACAUUGCAAACCUGAAAACAGGUCAUCAUCUCUAAGAGAGCAAUAGUGGUCGAUUCACCAAGUCACAGCUGUGCAGUUGUACUGUAUUAUUUUUAGAAUAAAUAAUACUUUCAGUCCAAGAUACUUUUAUCAUUAAUUGACACCCUGUGGGGAAUCAAAACUGUCGAGCAAGUUAUGUAACAACUAACAAAGUUGCACUUUCUGUAUAUGAAAUCAAUAUUUAAAUAACUUAUUUUUCUCCAUUUGCUGUUCUUAAAUGAUGUAAGUAGCUGUAAUAUACCAGUACUCAAUAUGUCCUGCAGUUUGCUUCAAUCCAAGAAAGCUGUGUAUUGUAAAGGAAAAAAAAAGAAAAAACAAAUUAUGAAUGUGUAAAGAUUAUUGUGCUGUUUCAUUUAGCAAAAAAAAUGGUUGACAAAAGGGUUUUCCUGUGUAUCAAAACUUGUCUAUAAUUAUAUGUCAUACUGUUCAUAGAUCAAAAGUAAAUAAAUUUCCUUGAUCUCUCU